GCUUCACCGAAUCGCAUCCCCCCUAAGCCGUUGCACUUAUCGAACCCUCAACGAACACCCUUUGUCACGACUAUCUUACCACCGGAGAUGAGUGAUACUUACCGCGGUUUUCAGCGUCAUCCCGCUGCGUGCACGGCCGGGAUGAAGCGCGAGUACUACGAGUACGUCCUCGAGUUCGUGAACGAGACGCCCCUGCAGAAGGAGCUGUGGCAGAAAGCUCUGCAGCUGGAGCUGCCGGUCAUGAUGGCGGCCGUCGACGAGUACCAGUUCUUUGGCUGGCUGUGCGAGACGCUCGGGGUGAGGCGCGCCGUGGAGGUGGGCGUGUUCCGCGGCGUGACCACUCUGGCCUUGGCGCUGCACAUGCCGGACGACGGCGUCAUCCGCGCCCUCGACGUCUCGCGCGAGUACGCCGGCAUCGGCUUCGAGGCGUGGAAGAAGGCGGGCGUCGACAAGAAGAUCGACUUCAUCGAGGGCCCCGCCGCCGCGUCCAUGCAGCGCUUCCUCGACGAGGGCGAGGCUGGUACCUACGACUUCAUCUUCAUCGACGCGAACAAGGAACAGUACCCGGAGUACUACGACCUUGCCGUGCCGCUACUCCGCAAGGGCGGCGUGAUCGUUGUGGACAACACCUUGAUGUUUGGCCGUGUGGUGGAGAAGGAUCCGUCGGUACAGGACACCGACGCUCUGAGCAAGACGAACGAGAUGAUCAGGGCAGACAAGCGCGUGUCGGCCGUGAUGAGCAUCAUCGGCGACGGCGUGUACUUCGCGCGGAAACUGUAA